CCGUUACAAACCCAGGUAAAUUAAAGCAGUCAAAUGUUUUGAUCAUUCAUAUUCACAUUGUACGAUAGUAUAUGCUUCAAUCUAUCUGAUCUUUCAUAUUGUAUAAAUUAAGGUCCAACCUUCUCUUCCUUCCAUCACCAUACCUUAUCCCAAAAAUCCCAACGAAAUGGCACUGUGCAAAUUUUCUACGCUGUUUAUAAUGUUGUUGAGUAUUGCUGGUAGUCCAGUGUUAGGAAGAGUUGUGAAAGGAAAUGAGGUCGUAGUUGAAGUGGCCACAACUCCGACUCCGGCGAUGGGCGGUGCCGGAAGAGGGUUGGUGCCAGCCAUGUUUAUAUUCGGAGACUCACUGGUUGAUAAUGGAAAUAACAACAAUCUGUUUUCACUUGCGAAGGCCAAUUACCCUCCUUAUGGCAUUGAUUUCAAUCAAGGUCCCACUGGUCGCUUCUCUAAUGGUUAUACCAUUGUUGAUGAAAUUGGUGAAUUGCUAGGACUACCAUUUGCCCCGGCAUUCUCUGAUCCUCCCACUAUCGACCAAAUGCGUUUUGGAGUUAACUACGCCUCCGCUGCUGCUGGCAUUCUAGACAUAACCGGCG